ACCUUACGUGGUCGCCAUUUACACCAGUGUUGCCGAGCACUUUUAUCAUUAUAGAGUAGCUUUUACCUCGCUCCAGUUACCUAGCAUCCAGGUCGGCAAACUCUCAUCCUGCCCUCUAAAAUGAACGACAACUCGGCCGAAUUUCGCAAAUCGCCAACAACAUUAACCUGUCAAACUUAUCCUUUACCGAACCAGGCCUUAUUGACGGGUGGAUGUGACGACGCUAGCAUAGAUCAACAACGCAAGCUCUUUGCUGGAGACAGAGGGCUACCACGAUCGACUUCUAUACAAGCUUCUCAGAUAUGGACAAUCACCGCUCAAGAUGACUCGGCCGCUCUUAUACAUCAGUGCAUGACAUCCUGUCCAGAUUUCAAUCGCAGCUCAAGACAACCGGGGAUAAUUUCACCCCGGCCGGGAAGCUGGCAACAAUACUAUAGCAGACGCGUUUCUCGUUCUCAGCCCAUCACGCCGCCAGGUUUCCGCGAACGCAUCGCGGUUCGCUUCCGCCGCAGACGGCCGUGGGAGUCUCCGAGGCGUUCUCGCAACUCAACCUCUACAGAGCUUGUCAUGCCGAGAUUCCAAGACGGAAGAGAGAGGAGGCGAAGGGCACGCGGCUCUUUAGAACGGCACAGUCCUUCUGAUAUCGGAAGCCCUGGACAAGGCACUCCCGUGGGAGAAUAGGAGGCAGCGCCAUUCGCCGUGGGAAUAGUCAUGAUGCUAUUAUAGAUUUGGAUGGGCCACGACA